AUGGAUCUCCAGGGGAAAUUCUGGCGGCGGAUUGAUUCCCGGAGCGGCGGCGCUGCAGUCCGUGAGAUUGAUGAGGCGCAGCACCAGAGAAUUAAGAGAAAGGUAUGCCUGCUCGUGGAUUCACUCAAGGAAUGCAGCCGUGAGAGGGAUUUAGAGCGCGGCAGGGCAAUCCACGCCGACGCUCGCAACAGCGGGCUGGAAUCCAAUAUUUUCCUGGCGAGCUCUUUGCUCUACAUGUACUCGAAGUGUGGGAGCAUGGUGGACGCUCACAGGGCUUUCGACGACAUGGUAGCUCACGACGUGGUGACUUGGACGUCGCUGAUCCUUGGGUAUGCCGAGAAUGGGAAUGGAUACUCGGCCUUGGAGAUUUUCUCGCGAAUGCUGCUUGAGCGAUGCCCGCCAAAUCCUCGGACAUUCGUGGCGGGAUUGAAGGCCUGUAGCAGCUUGGCCGAGCAAGAACAGGGACUUGAGAUGGUAGUCGACAUGGAAAAGAAGAAAACGACGGAACAACAAAAACAGGAGGUGGAGAAAAAAAAGAUGGUGAAAGCUAAAGCUCUGGAGAAAGGCAUGGCUCUCCACUCAAGAGCUAUGGCAGAGAAGUGUGAUCUAAACAUCUUCGUCUCCAACACACUGGUAGACAUGUACGCAAACUGUGGGAGCAUGGAGGAUGCUAGAGCUGCGUUUGAGAGGAUGCCUUGCCGGAGCGUGGUUUCCUGGAGUGCCUUGGUUCUGGGAUACGUUAACAACGGGGAGCCAAGUGUUGCUUUGGAGGUGUUUUGCCGGAUGCAAAGAGAAGGCUUUGCUCCAAACUCGCAAACUUUUGUUGCUGCUCUCAAGGCUUGCACCUGCCUGGCGCUGGGCGAAGAUUGGACUCAAGUUGGCGACGAGUUUUUAAAGGUAGAAUCGUUGGAGAAAGGCAUGGCGGUUCAUUCUCAAGCUUGGAAGUCGGACCUUCCUUCAUCGAACAACUUUGUCAUGAACACGCUCGUGGAUAUGUACGCAAGCUCGGGAAGCUUGUGGGACGCGCACAGGGUCUUCCAGGCGAUGCCUUGUCACACCGUCGUCUCAUGGAAUGCCAUGAUUCUUGGCUACGCCGAGAAUGGGAACGGUCACUUGGCGCUACAGCUCUUCACAGGCGGCCUGUGCUAGUGGCUCAACUCUGGAGGCGGGGAAGUUCGUUCAUGUGCAGAUCUGCAAG